AUGGGUUCCAAGAAAAAGGCAGACAAAGCGGCCAAGAAAAAGGGCCCGAAGGGAAAGAAGGCCCGGGCCAAAGCAAAGCUCGACCGGCAGUGGGGAGAAGCUGCCAUCAUUGAUGAUGAUAAUACGACCAAGAGAAUUGGAAACAGUCGUCUGUUGGCUCAAAAGAAGAAGUCCACGGGUGGUGUGAGCUGGGGAGGUGAAACAAAAUCGGAAAGGAAUAAUGAUGAUGCCAAUAGAAAAUCGACUGACCCAGUCAUUUCCAAAGGUAUCACGAAGAAAAGUUCCACCAAAUUCGAACGAAAAACGAAUCGUCGUCGAUACAAUGAUGGAUCUUCGUCGUCGUCUGAUGAAGCAUCGGAUGAGGAAUCGGAUGACGACAACACGACGAUGAAGAUCCUGAUGUCUAAAAUCAAGAAAUCAAUGGAAAAGAAGGGAAAAGUAGCCAAGAAAUAUAUGGAGGAAGAAGAGGAGGGGGAAGAUGUCGAGGACACCCCAAUAGAGAAGGAGGUUUCGAGUGAUGAAGAGAGCUCCGAAACCUCAGACAGUGAAAAUGAGGAACACGAUGAUGCUGUCAUGUCGGAUCAAAAUGAGAACGAAGGCGAUGGUGAUGACAACGGCCCCAUUGGAAAUGACGAAGAUGAGUCUGUUAUUGACAUUUUUCGAACAAGAUUCAGCCACAAGCCACUAAGUGACGAAGAAGUGGAUUCAAUCAGUCAGCCAUCACGAGACAGUGCAUCGAUUGGCGUUUCCACCGAGCUUCUUCUCACACGAAAGAGCAUUGGAGAUGAACUCAAAGAUUUCGAAACGACCGAAAAAGAUCGGUCCAAAUUGGACGAGCAUUGGAAGAAAUGUGCAAUGAAAAAUCUGGAGAGUAGUCGGAAAGUACUGAAACAGGGAUGGAAGAAAUUCAACAACAAGAAAGAUUUUACACCACGACAGGCCCCUCUCUAUACUGCACUUUCAUCCUACGCAGAUCUCUUUUCGAUUACGAACUCAAUGAAGGAACGUAAUGAAUUGCAUCGAGUAAACCUGUUACAUGUGCUGAACCAUGUGUUGACGUCUCGAAGCCGGGUACAGAGGCACAACAAGCAACUGAAAGAGAUUGAGAAGUCUGAGGACAAAGAAAUGGACGAUGACGACGACGAUGAAAAGUUCCGUGACCAGGGGUUCACAAGACCUACUGUGCUAGUUCUACUUCCAACAAGAUCAACGUGCCACAAAUUUGUAGAAGGUCUGUUUCAACUGACGGGAAACAAUUUGGACAAUGGAAUGAACGAGAGAUUCGAAGGCGAGUUCGGAAAUGCGACUGGCGACGACGAGUCCGAUGAUGACGGCGGAAAUGCGAGACUAAAAGAAGUUUUGAAGAAGAAGGGAAAAGAUUGGAAUGAACUCUUUGGGGAUGGUGUAAAUCAGGAUGAUGACUUCAAGAUCGGAAUUUCCUUGACGCCAAAGGCUGCCAAGACCCAAGCUCAAAAGAAGCAGAAUUCCUCCAACGUUGGAAUCAAAAUGUACAGUGACUUUUACAAGGGUGACAUCAUCAUUGCAUCUCCAUUGGGACUGAAACUUCUCAUUACACCAGAAGACGAAGAGAAAGAGGGCGAUUAUGACUACCUUUCCAGUAUCGAAAUCUGCCUGAUCCAGCAUGCGGAUGUUCUGAUGAUGCAAAACUGGGACCAUGUGAACGAUAUUCUCUCUUUGCUGAACCAAGAGCCCCAGAACAUUAACAAUACGGAUUUUUCCAGAGUUCGCAACUACCUUUUGGAAGGACAAGGUUCUCACUGGAGGCAGCUGAUUAUUUCGUCGAAUGUCAUGGAUCCUUUCUUGCAAUCCGCCUUUAAGCGAUAUGGAAAGAGCAUCAGCGGCAGCAUCAAGAUGCGUCGUAAGUUUGAACCUGAAGAGGCUGCCAUUUCUAAGGUCUUGAUUCCCAUGAAACAAGUCUUUCAACGAAUAGCAGCUGGAUCCUUUACCGAUCAAAGUUCCGCCCGAGUCGACUACUUUGUCAAAUCCAUUCUUCCACCAAUCCUUGAAACCAACCAGCAACACACCAUGGUCUACAUUCCUUCCUACUUCGACUUUUGCUCGUUGCGAAAUGCCUUUUUGAAGCGCGACUUGCCCUUUGUCAGUGUGCACGAAUACAGUCGCACCAGUGAAGUGACGCGUGGGCGUGCCCGAUUCCUACAAGGACGCAAGCCCAUUAUGCUAUACACGGGACGGUCCAAUUUCUUUCACCGCCACAACAUCAAGGGUGUGAAGCAUUUGGUCUUUCUGGGGCUGCCGGAACACCCCGAGUUCUACUCGCAACAUGUGAAUCAGAUUGUCUCUGCGGAAAAUGAUCCAUCCGAAAUGGAUGGUGUCUCUUCCGUUUCCAGUUGUCUGGUAUUGUGUACCAAGUACGAAGCAAUUGCCCUCGAACGCAUCGUUGGUAGCGCCAAUUGCUCUCGCAUGUUGAAGAGUCAGAAGUCUACCUUUAUGUUCUACUCCUAA